CAUAAAGCACACUCUCAAUACUGGGGCACUGCAAUCGACUCUUGUUCGGUUGCCUCAGGCUCUCAGUGUGGUAAAGCGAUAAUUUUAUCAAACUACAGGUCGAAGUUUAUUAUCUCCAGCUCAAUACCAACCACAGGAUCACCAAGGCAUUGAGCCUACAAAGAGAAAAGGAAACUCUUUGUCAAAGCCGGAAUAUUGGGUCCAUUUCUUUUGGCUCUGUUGUGAAUGAAGGCACUGGGUAGUUGGCACAGUUCAGUGGUUUCAAUAAAUUCUGGAUUCUCGAGACCACCUGUAACUGGUGGCCAUUCAACUUACCUGUCUGGAAGAGAUGACCAUUACAUUUCAAAGGCUGAGAGAAACAGUCCUUUAAAACAUCCAUUCAUCAAUAAAGUUAAUGACUUGGUCACAUCGGAAGCUGCUAAAAGUGAAUAAGCAAACAUCUCUACACAGUAAACCACAACUGGAUGUUCAGUAUAAGCAAACAGUACUGGACUGAUUUGGAUUAAUAUCGGACUGUGGUGCGACGGUGUUCCUAUAAUGGGAAAAACCGGCCAAAGCACAGUGGACCUCAACUCUCCUUCGGAUGUAAAGCAGGCAGUCCCAUUUGAAGACCUGGAUCACAACAGUGUUCCAGUGGAGGUGGAGAAGAAAGAUACAGUACCAGAUAGAGGAUCCUGGAAGGGCAAGUUUGACUUCCUGUUGUCCUGCGUUGGAUAUGCCAUUGGGCUAGGAAAUGUUUGGAGGUUCCCGUAUCUGUGUGGAAAGAACGGUGGAGGAGCUUUUCUGAUUCCAUAUUUGUGCACUCUGGUGUUCGCUGGUAUCCCAUUGUUUCUUCUGGAGACAUCAUUAGGACAGUACACAUCAGUAGGGGGGCUGGGGGUGUGGAAAUUAAUACCCAUGAUGAAAGGUGUCGGUCUGGCUGCUGUGGUUUUGUCCUUCUGGCUGAACAUCUACUACAUCAUCAUCAUCGCCUGGGCUUUAUAUUACCUCUUCAGCUCUUUCAAGGCAGAGUUGCCAUGGCAAACUUGUGAUAACCCUUGGAACACUGACCGCUGCUUUUCCAACUAUAGUCUUAUGGAUACCACCAACCUGACCAGUGCUGUAAAUGAGUUCUGGGAGAGAAACAUGCAUCAGAUAACAAAUGGUUUGGAGGAACCUGGGGAAUUGCGAUGGCCAUUGGUUGGAACGCUGGCGUUAUCCUGGAUUCUUGUAUAUUUCUCAAUUUGGAAAGGUGUAGAGUGGACCGGGAAGGUGGUGUAUUUCUCUGCCACCUAUCCCUAUUUCAUGCUCUUUAUUCUGUUCUUCCGUGGGGUUACUCUACCUGGGGCUAAAGAUGGCGUCCUUUUCUACAUUACCCCUGACUUCAACAAGCUUUUAAAAUCAGAGGUGUGGCUGGAUGCGGCCACUCAGAUUUUUUUCUCAUAUGGUUUGGGUUUAGGCUCUCUUAUUGCUCUGGGCAGCUACAACCACUACAACAAUGAUGUCUACAGAGAUUCUGUUAUUGUGUGCUGUAUAAAUUCUUGCACCAGUAUGUUUGCUGGAAUCGUCAUAUUUUCCAUUGUUGGCUUCAUGUCACACAUCACAAAAAGACCCAUUGAAGAACUGGCUGCCUCAGGCCCAGGUUUGGCAUUUUUAGCCUACCCACAGGCUGUUACCCAGCUGCCCAUGUCUUCACUCUGGGCUAUACUCUUCUUUUCAAUGCUCAUGAUGCUUGGGUUGGAUAGUCAGUUUUGUACAGUGGAAGGCUUUAUAACAGCUCUGAUGGAUGAAUAUCCCACAGUCCUGAGAAAGAGAAAAAAAGUCUUUAUCCUUAUUGUCUGUAUAAUAUCCUUCAUCAUCGGCUUCUCCAACAUCACACAGGGUGGCUUGUACGUGUUUAAAUUGUUUGACUACUAUUCAGCCAGUGGAAUGUGUCUUCUGUUCCUGGUCUUUUUUGAAACAAUCUCAAUUUCCUGGUUUUAUGGGGCAGAGAAAUUCUAUGAAAAUAUAGAAGAUAUGAUUGGCUAUCGGCCCUGGGGCUUCUGGAAACACUGCUGGAUUUACUUUACUCCAUUAAUCUGCUUUGGUGUAUUCACAUUCAGCGCCAUUGAAAUGACUCCUCUGACACUGGGGAAGUAUGUGUACCCGCCCUGGGGUCAGGGCAUCGGGUGGCUUAUGUCUCUCUCCUCUAUGAUUCUUAUACCUGCAUAUGUCAUCUAUAUGUUCAUCACCACCAAAGGCAGCAUCCGACAGCGUUGGCAAAAGAUGACCAGCCCAUCUGAGCUCAAAACCCCAGACACCAAUGAUAUCACGCAACAGCCCCCACAGACAGGAAGCAUGGGUGAAGCUUCUGUCUGAAAUAAUUUCCUCUUUUCUGUACAAUGUGCGGUAAAGACAGUGACCUGUGCCAAAAUCAAUUUCUUCCAUUCUUUCGGACUUUCCUUGAAAUCUGAAAGCAGUCUGAAGUGAACCACACAUACACGAUUCUUUUCCUGCAUUUUAUGUCACUUCGUCCCUCUCUAAAGUUGCAUUGUGAGCCACAUAUGUGAGGUCUUCCUAGAGAAAGUUAUUUCAUUCACUGUCAGUCUCAAGAUAUGAUUUAGCCACAUGUUCGCCUUUGCACGGUAUUUGGGGCUGGAGCAAUUUCCGGCUUUUCUGGCCAUAGGCAAGGUACACCCUGGAUAGACUGCUAAUCUAUUGCAAAGUAUAUCGUUUUAGCAUUUAUAUUAGAGUGGUUCAUCUUAAAGGCCUGUCACAAAAUGUACAUUGUCUGAAAGCAGUUUAAGAAAAAGUGGAAAACAUGAAUAAAUCUGGGCAUACUGUCAA